AUGAUCGUGUUGUGGGUUACACUGCUUCUCCUUCAUCAGGCAUGUAAGUAAGAAUAUUUCCCUGUCAAAAUGUUCAUUUUGUCUGAAGUUUACAUAAUGUGAACAACCUUUCUCAUUUGAAUUCAUUGUUCUUUUUAUUUUUAUCUAGAUGCACUGAUCCCAGUGAAAACGGUUCCAGUUGGUGAACGUGUGACUUUUACAUGUUUCUCUGAUAUGACAGACAAAACAGUCUGCUGGUACAAACAGAGUGCUGGAGAAACUCUGAAAGAAAUCCUGAGACUGAACAAAAAUACAAAGCCUGUGUAUGGACGAGAGUUUUCUGCUUCAAGAUUUAAUGUGAACAUUAACAAAAAUACAACCAAUCUGAUCAUUUCAAACAUAACUCCAGAGGAUGAGGGGAUCUAUCACUGUGGAGUAUCAGAGUUGGUAUAUAUGACUACAUGGAAUGCAACCUAUUUGUCAGUAACAGGUGAAUAUAAGAUCUGAUUCACUUCAUCUACUUAAGUGACACUGUGCUAACAUAUCUGAACAAUUUAAAGCAGCUUUUUUCAGUGUCUUUGUUUGGAGUCAUUUUUUAGAGAAAUUCUUAAUUUAGUAUUCAGUUUAUUUCAAAUAUCUCUGUUAUAAACUGUUUUUACUGACUUGUGUUGUCUUAGAGAUCUGCUGUUUAAGAACAAGCUGAAAACCUGCAAACAAACCAGCAGUGUCUCAGCUCAGAGCCCUCAGAACCAGAUUUUCAACAUGAUAUAAUGUCUCCUGUUUAAACUCUUGUUCCGUCAAACUUGCAGGAAACACUAAGAAGACAUCAGACUUGACUGUGGUUCAGUCUCAGACAGUCUCUGAUCCAGUCCAUCCAGGAGACUCGCUGUCUCUGCAGUGUUCAGUCCUCUCUGACUCUGAGAAUCAAACGUGUUCAGGAGGUCACCGUGUGUUCUGGUUCAGAGCUGGAUCAGAUAGAUCUCAUCCAGACCUCAUCUACACUGAUGGAAACAAACAAGCUGAAUGUGACCAGAGAUCUGAGCCUCAGAAAAGCUGUGUUUAUCACUUCUCUAAGAGCGUCAGCUCCUCUGAUAAUGGGACUUACUACUGCGCUGUGGCCACAUGUGGACGGAUUCUGUUUGGAGACGGAGCUCGAGUGGACAUUAAAGGUAACAACAAAAUAUAUUGUUACUGAGGAAAUUGUAGAAUUAUGUUUCAAGUAUUUUUUUUUUACAGUUUUUGCUUUUCAAUUCUGUUUCAGGAAAAUUUCCUCCUGAGGCCAAUGUGGUUAUUUUUCUGUUGAGUGCUGUUUUGGCUCUAAGUCUGAUCGUCAUAACUUUCCUCAUUCAUUCCAUCAAGAAGAAAAAGAAGAAUGACUAUUGUAACGGUAAUAAUAGCUCUGCUUUUUCUCUAUAUCUCUUAUUUUAUUCUAUGUUUAUUAUAUCAUGUUUAUUUACUUUUAUGUUAUUUCAGCUUCUCUUGUCAUGCAAAACAACUGCGAUGGUUGGAGAAGUCAGCUGCUGGAGAGUUUAACGGUAGGACUGAGUCAUUUUUAAAACUGAAUGUGAACAUGGUGAAAUCUCUUGUCUCAUAUACAUGUUUCCUCAGAGAGAAGAGGUUUAUUCAGCCGCUGUCUUCACCGUGAUGAGCUCAGAGAGAGGAACGGUGAAGAGGGCAAGAACAGCAGAGAAAGAGAGGAUCUACGCCGCUGUGAGGGCUUUUGGUUUUGAGUAG